GCUCCCGGGAGCGGGCGGCGCGGGGCUAACGCGGCAAGCGGACAGCGGCGGGACCUCCUGGGCAGCCAGCGUGGACGGAGCGGCGCGCGUGCUGAGCAUGGCGGGCUCCCUGCCUCCCUGCGUGGUGGACUGCGGCACCGGGUAUACCAAGCUUGGCUACGCAGGCAACACUGAGCCACAGUUCAUUAUUCCUUCAUGUAUUGCCAUCAGAGAGUCUGCAAAGGUGGUCGACCAAGCCCAGAGGAGGGUGUUGAGGGGUGUCGAUGACCUGGACUUCUUCAUAGGGGACGAAGCCAUAGAUAAACCCACGUACGCCACAAAGUGGCCAAUAAGACACGGAAUAAUUGAAGACUGGGAUCUAAUGGAAAGGUUCAUGGAACAAGUGAUUUUUAAAUAUCUUCGAGCUGAGCCUGAGGAUCAUUAUUUUUUAAUGACAGAACCUCCACUGAACACACCAGAAAACAGAGAAUAUCUUGCAGAAAUUAUGUUUGAAUCAUUUAAUGUACCAGGACUCUACAUUGCAGUUCAGGCAGUGCUGGCCUUAGCAGCGUCUUGGACCUCGCGACAAGUGGGCGAACGUACGUUAACGGGGAUCGUCAUCGACAGUGGGGAUGGGGUCACCCAUGCUAUCCCAGUGGCAGAAGGGUAUGUCAUUGGGAGCUGCAUCAAACACAUCCCUAUCGCAGGGAGAGAUAUUACGUAUUUCAUGCAACAGCUGCUGAGGGAGCGGGAGGUGGGGAUUCCUCCGGAGCAGUCGCUGGAGACUGCCAAAGCCAUCAAGGAGAAAUACUGUUACAUUUGCCCUGAUAUCGUCAAGGAAUUUGCCAAGUACGAUGUGGAUCCUCAGAAGUGGAUCAAACAGUACACGGGGAUCAAUGCAGUCAACCAGAAGAAGUUCAUUAUAGAUGUUGGCUACGAAAGGUUCCUGGGCCCUGAGAUUUUCUUUCACCCGGAGUUUGCCAACCCAGACUUUAUGGAGUCCAUCUCGGACGUUGUUGAUGAAGUCAUACAGAACUGCCCCAUCGAUGUCCGUCGUCCACUGUAUAAGAAUGUCGUGCUUUCAGGGGGCUCGACGAUGUUCAGGGACUUUGGACGUCGCCUGCAGAGAGACUUAAAAAGGGUGGUGGACGCCAGACUGAGACUCAGCGAGGAGCUCAGUGGCGGCAGAAUAAAGCCCAAGCCCGUGGAGGUCCAGGUGAUAACGCAUCACAUGCAGCGCUAUGCGGUGUGGUUCGGAGGCUCGAUGCUGGCCUCAACUCAUUUAUGCUCCGUCUGCUGGUUGCCUCUUGCAGCCGGAGUUCUUCCAGGUCUGUCACACCAAGAAGGGCUACGAGGAGUACGGCCCCAGCAUCUGCCGCCACAACCCCGUCUUUGGAGUCAUGUCUUAGUGGCGGCUUUGACACCGCCCUUCCAGUGGUGUCACGGCGGGUGUGCAAGUGUCCUUCAGACGAGGAGACCGGCUCCUGUACGCAGUGCGCGUGCUGUGGUGCCGGGCAGCCCAGCAAAGCCAUCUCCAUGCCCGGCCUCCCCCCGCCCCUCCCCGCUCUCCUCUCCACCCGAGCUUCGAGUCCACAGAUCCAAUUCCGGAGGAAUUCAGCUGCGACUCUCAGAUUUGUUACGGAAAACCCUAGAACACGGCGCAAAAUAGCUCCCCACCCAGGGCAGAGUAUGGGGCUCUCAACCCUUCUCCUCCCAGACUAUUUUUGUAAAUAAAAUGUUAUAAACUUGAAAUACAAAUUGAUGUUUAUAUUUCCUAUCAUUUUGUAUUUUAUGGUAUUUGGUACACCUGGCUGAUCCCGAGCACGAGUAGAUGUCGAUGUCAUGGAGUGUUGUCAUAAAACGUUUUUAACUGUGAGGCAUGUUCUGAUGUGUUUGUAGGGAAACAAAAUAAAGCAGAGUACACUUUUUUGGCCACAUGUUUGCUAGGAAAUGGUUACACUUUAUUGGAGUGAUGGGAAGUUUAAACACUAAGCAGUGUUGUAUGAGAAUUAUUACAGACAACGUAUCUUUUCAUUUUCUUGUUGGAACUCUCUGGAAUUGUUUUAUAGAAGAUGCCGGUUUGCUGUUGGUGAGUGCUGGAUGAAAUACUACCUUGCACCAUUGUAAUAAAAGCAG